AUGGGGAAAGCCUGUGCUCUGCAGAUGGAUGUGGGCCUAGUUCAGAUGUCUGCUCAGCUGCUUAGCAGCUAUUUGACCUUGGUUGAUGGUCUUUGGGGGCUUAGUCGAGUUUUUGGUGAUUACAUUCAUGCAUUAUAUGAUCCCUAUCAGUACCCCAUAAGGUGGGUUGUGGUACUGACCCCUGCAGGGACACUGACGAAAAAGUCCUUCUACCUCUCAGGGGCUGUAAAGAAAGAGGAGACCUCUCUGUGGCCAGGACUGGCCAUUCUCCAUGAGGAGGACAUCUACUUGGCCAGCAGGGCUCAGGUGAUGCUGAGCUGGAGCAGCUCUCCAUCCUCCCAGUCCUCCUCUGAGUACCAGUCCUACUCCCAGUACCAGUCCUGCUACUCCUGCACAUACGAGGAUGAGGACACGGCCCAGCAGAGCAUGUGUGCCUUCUACACCCACGUGCAGACGGUGCAGGGAGUGGCCGUGGCCUGGGAGACUGAGACAGGCUUUGAGCCCAUCAGCAGGAAGCCCCGCAUUCGUGAAGCCGAGUUCAUCAAGAGGCAGAGGAGGAAAGGCUCCUCAUUUGAGAUGGCUUCCAACACUGGCCUGCACUGGGAACCAGAAGCCAGCAAGAACAACUGCUGCCCAGAGCAGGAUGACACGGAGCUGCUGGGCCCCCUGGAGUGCUGCCUGCAGAAGCUGCGGGACACUCCGGACUGGCUAGUCACUACAAACUACGGGCUGCGCUGUGUGGCCUGCUGUCGGGUCUUCCCCACAUUGGAGGCUCUGCUCAAGCACGCCCAUUAUGGCAUCCAAGAGGGCUUUAGCUGCCAGAUCUUUUUUGAGGAGAUGCUGGAGAGAAGGCAGGCCCGGGGCCAAGUGCAGGAGCUGGACAAGGAGGAACAGAGCCCUGCAGAAGGCAGUGAAUGCUCAAGGUCCCACGCUGGGGUGCUUCCCUAG